AUGUUUUUCACAUUUGGGAUCAUCUGUUUUGAUGUUCCGGAAACCUUCCUGCUUAACCUCCUAUACUGCCGAUUCUUUCACUGGAGAAAGAGUGAGAAAGAGAGAGAGAGAGAGAGAGAGAGAGAGAGAGAUCAAAAUGUAAUACGAAUCUCUCUCUCCCUUUAUCUUUUUCUCUCUCUCUUUAUAUUUAUUCCUCUUUAUUUUUCUCUCUCGUUAUCUUUAUUUCUCUCUAUCUUUAUCAUUAUUUCUCUCUCUCUCUCUUUAUAUUUACUUCUCUCUUUUUAUCUUUUUCUCUCUUUGUCUUUAUUUCUCUUUGUCUUCAUUUCUAUCUCUAUCUAUCUGUCUGUCCCUCCUUAUCUCUCUCUCUCUCUCUCUCUCUCUCUCUGUUAUAUGUUAAACAUAUUCUGCAAUGCACAUAGAAAGCAAUAUCUAUCUAUCUAUCUAUCUAUCUAUCUAUCUAUCUAUCUAUCUACUCCUCUGUAUGUGGGUUUGCGUGUGGCUUGA